AUGAUUAUUACUGGUUCUUAUCAUGCUUCGAUUCAAAGCCUUAAACAACAGUUACAAGCAUCGUUUCAUAUGAAAGAUCUUGGUAAUUUGCAUUACUUUCUUGGUCUUGAGGUUCAUUCUACAUCCAAGGGCAUAUUCCUCCAUCAACACAAGUAUGCCAUAGAUUUAAUUUCUAUGGCUGGUCUACAAUCGGCUAAUCCAGUGGAUACUCCUCUUGAGGUUAAUGUUAAAUAUCAUCGUGAUGAUGGUGAUCUCUUGCCUGAUCCCUUAUUGUAUCGUCAACUCGUGGGUAUCCUUAAUUACCUGACUAUUACUCGCCCUGACAUAUCUUUUGUUGUUCAACAAGUAAGUCAAUUCAUGCACUCUCCUCGUCAUCUUCACUUGGCAGCAGUUCGUCGCAUAAUUCGCUACCUGAAGGGAAUCUCUCAUCGUGGUUUAUUCUUUCCCACUGGAAUUGCUCCUAAACUGAGUGCUUAUAGUGAUGCCGAUUGGGCAGGAUGUCCUGAUACUCGGCGAUCUGUCACUGGUUGGUGCAUGUUUCUUGACUCUUCAUUGAUAGCAUAG